UUUGAUUCUGAACGUGUUUUGGUGGAAUGUGACGCUUUGUACACAAUAUGUAUCAGUCGGCUACUCUAAACUGAUAGCACUGCACUUGCAUUGCAUUUGAAAUGUUUGACUGCCAAGGUUGUGGAAGCAAAGACCAAGUUACACAAGAGCAGGGGGCUAAGGGAGAUAUGAAUUUACUCCGUUGCCACAUAUAAUAACGGAAAAAGACGCACAGGUUUAGUUGAAAGAAAUGUCGGUUUCCAAUGAGUUGAUUUCUCUGGCUCAGCUGAUCGAGAAUGGUGAUGAACAAGAAGUCCUACAUCAUAUUCGGACAAAUAACAUCACCCCAGGACUUAAUCGCAAUCUUCCCGCUGUGAUAACGCCAGUUUCAGUAGCGGCAAUACAUGGCCAUGUGAACGUACUAAACAAACUCCUCUCCCUUGGGUUUCCUCCACACCCAGACCGACACCCAAUUCAUUACGCAGCCAGAGAAGGUUGUCUGGCUGUACUAACAUCUUUGGUGGAAGAUCACAACACCGAAGUGAAUUGUUUAGACAGUGUCGAUGAAUCACCGCUGUUCUUAGCCUCACGCAGAGGUCAUUUUGAUAUUGUCAAAUUUCUUGUAGAAAGAGGAGCAGACGUCAACUUCGGAGGUCGAAUACCACCACUUGUCAUUGCUGUUGCUCACUGUCAUCCUCAUAUCUGUGACUACUUUAUUAAGCAAGGAGCUGAUGUGAACAAGGAGGACCGAUAUGGACGCUCACCUCUCCGCGCUGCUGCUCGCAAAGGCUAUGUGGACAUCGCCUGCACCCUUGUGAAAGCAGGGGCAUGUGUAAACGCACAGUGUCGGAAUGGACAGUCGCCAUUUAUGGCAGGAAGCCAGUUCGGUCAUUUGUCAGUGAUGAAAUUUCUUGUGGCCCAUGAUGCAGAUGUUAAUGUGAUUGAUAACAAGGGAGACACAGCCUUACAUCUGGCAGUUCGGGAGGGUCAUUAUGAAAUUGUACGUUAUCUCCUUGUUGAUCUGUGCGUUGUAGAGACAGUUAACUUGGAUUGUGAAUCACCUUUCUCCAUAGCACUUGACAAUAUGGAUUAUGACAUUAUGCUUCUGUUUCACCAGGCUGGUAGAUGGCCAUUGAAUGUGUUGUGUGAUUUUCCAUGUGGUACAACAGAAGAACUGCUGAUGCCUAUUUUAGACGUUGUAACACAGCCAUAUUUGCUUCAAGAAUUAGCCUGUUUCAAACUUCGAAAUACGUUACGACCAAAGUUGACAUCUUCAGUGAAUCACCUGCAAUUACCAGGGGCAGUUAAGGAGUUCAUCCUGCUCCGUCACAUUCCAUCUUCUAGACCAUGAAGGGAUUUGGAUAUAACAUACUAUCGCUGUGCAGAUUUGUGUCUCUUAUGCUUGUUCGGCUAAAAAAGUUCUCAGGCACUUCCUGCAUCAUUUUAUAUUUUAUUUCCAUUUACCAAAAAAGUCCCAAUUCAGACGUUUCCAGCCAAAUUUGCCCCAAUUCUCCCGUUCUCAAUCCGAAUCUGAUCGAUUUGUAUCUUCCACAUGGUAAAAAAUGACCAGUCUGUCCCGAAAGCGUCCUGAUUCUCCCAAAUGCCAUCAGACAGAGAUCAGACAGUGACUGGACAGUGAACACAUUCUGCAAGAUCUGGACACAAUCUGGACUCAAUUGACAAGAAAAGGCAAUGAAAAAUUCAUGCCCGUUCAUCACAACAGCAUCCUGAUCCACAGGACACCGUCCCGACAACACAGGACAUUGUUACGAUUUUGAUCCGAUACAGCAGAAUCUGUCACGACAUUCACAAUUGUAAUCCGACUCGACAAAAUCAGCUGAGUUUCCCGAACGCUACUAGUCAGUGAGGACUACCAUCAUUGGAUUUUCACUUGUCCUCAGCACAAGUUAGUAGUCUCAGGCUAUUGGACUAGCAUAAAUGUUGAAGGCUGUUGACUUAAACUGGAAAUGGACAAGACACUGAGGCAUUAUCCCUCAUUCACCUGUUAAACCAUCCCGAGGCAAGGGAGUUAACUGACUCUAAAAGUCCAGUUUACACCCUUGCCGUGGUAGGAUUGAAUUUCUGGGCUCGAUCGUAGCGCCACCAGUGGCUAUUACAAGCUAUGUCCCUUGUAUGUCCCUCCUACUGACCAUGACCCAUGAUGCAGAUGUUAAUGUGAUUGAUAACAAGGGAGACACAGCCUUACAUCUGGCAGUUCGGGAGGGUCAUUAUGAAAUUGUACGUUAUCUCCUUGUUGAUCUGUGCGUUGUAGAGACAGUUAACUUGGAUUGUGAAUCACCUUUCUCCAUAGCACUUGACAAUAUGGAUUAUGACAUUAUGCUUCUGUUUCACCAGGCUGGUAGAUGGCCAUUGAAUGUGUUGUGUGAUUUUCCAUGUGGUACAACAGAAGAACUGCUGAUGCCUAUUUUAGACGUUGUAACACAGCCAUAUUUGCUUCAAGAAUUAGCCUGUUUCAAACUUCGAAAUACGUUACGACCAAAGUUGACAUCUUCAGUGAAUCACCUGCAAUUACCAGGGGCAGUUAAGGAGUUCAUCCUGCUCCGUCACAUUCCAUCUUCUAGACCAUGAAGGGAUUUGGAUAUAACAUACUAUCGCUGUGCAGAUUUGUGUCUCUUAUGCUUGUUAGGCUAAAAAAGUUCUCAGGCACUUCCUGCAUCAUUUUAUAUUUUAUUUCCAUUUACCUAAAAAGUCCCAAUUCAGACGUUUCCAGCCAAAUUUGCCCCGAUUCUCCCGUUCUCAAUCCGAAUCUGAUCGAUUUGUAUCUUCCACAUGGUAAAAAAUGACCAGUCUGUCCCUAAAGCGUCCUGAUUCUCCCAAAUGCCAUCAGACAGAGAUCAGACAGUGACUGGACAGUGAACACAUUCUGCAAGAUCUGGACGCAAUCUGGACUCAAUUGACAAGAAAAGGCAAUGAAAAAUUCAUGCCCGUUCAUCACAACAGCAUCCUGAUCCACAGGACACCGUCCCGACAACACAGGACAUUGUUACGAUUUUGAUCAGAUACAGCAGAAUCUGUCACGACAUUCACAAUUGUAAUCCGACUCGACAAAAUCAGCUGAGUUUCCCGAACGCUACUAGUCAGUGAGGACUACCAUCAUUGGAUUUUCACUUGUCCUCAGCACAAGUUAGUAGUCUCAGGCUAUUGGACUAGCAUAAAUGUUGAAGGCUGUUGACUUAAACUGGAAAUGGACAAGACACUGAGGCAUUAUCCCUCAUUCACCUGUUAAACCAUCCCGAGGCAAGGGAGUUAACUGACUCUAAAAGUCCAGUUUACACCCUUGCCGUGGUAGGAUUGAAUUUCUGGGCUCGAUCGUAGCGCCACCAGUGGCUAUUACAAGCUAUGUCCCUUGUAUGUCCCUCCUACUGACCAAUCAGAUUCCACCUCUCAAAAUACUUGUGUUGGCUUCAAACAAAAAGGUGGUGCCUAGUCAAGAUGAUCUGAUCGAUGUUCAACAUACAUAUUGUAAUAAAACGGGUCUCAUCUCGUGAAUUGCAUCAAAUCACGUGAGCACCUUGAUUAAAAACCUGAAAAGAUUUGGAAAAUAUCUGUCUACGCACAGUUGACGGUACAGAUACUUUGCAAAUCCUGCAGUCGAUCGACAUCUGCAUGUUAAAAUCUAUGUUGUUUGCGAACCGGAUGUAAUUUUCGUCACACAAUUUUGAAUGCAUAGACUCGUUAGUCCAGCCAAAAUAUAACUCCAUAAUUGCAGCCUAGAUUUGCAAGGGUGGAAACUGGACUUGUACAGUCAGUUGACAUCCUUGCCUCGGGAAGAUGGUUCAAACUAGUGAAAUAUUGUUGACACUAAUUCUCUGAAAUUUCUAAGGCUCAUCCAAAAAUUGUAAUUAGUGCAUAUGUGAAACUAAAGCUGACUUUGGGACAUUAUCUGUGGAAAGGUGUCAAAUGCUUGACUGACGUGACCAAAGGAUUGGCAUAAUAAAAAGAAUAAGUUCUUGGACAACGUGGGUUUGCAACAUGUGGAGUGAACUGAGUGAAACUAGCACAAAGUAUCCAUUGAUAGAGCCUAUUGUGUGUGGCUAUGUUGGAUGUGUAGGACCCGAUCAUGUGGAUGGAAGCUGGUUAAUAAGUUGUCUAAUUUGAAAUGAACUGUAGAGUGCUGUAAAGGCAGUAAUGAGAGACCUCAGACAUAUAUCCUCUUUGACAACAUGGACAAGGAGUGUAUUGGUAGUCUGGGUACUGUUUCACAAAGUGAAUGUUGUUCUAUGACUGCCAUAUCUCUAUAUUUUAGCAUAGACUUACGACAGUCGUAGCACGACUAUCCCUUUCUGAAAGUGGCCCCUGGUGGUAGUGAGUGAGUGAGUGAGUAUGGUUUUACGCCGCUUUUAGCAAUAUUCCAGCAAUAUCACGGCGGGGGACACCAGAAAUGGGCUUCACACAUUGUACCCAUGUCGGGAAUCGAACCCGGGUCUUCGGCGUGACGAGUGAACGCUUUAACAACUGGGCUACCCGACCGCCCCCCUGGUGGUUGAAGCAUUUGUGCUGUUUAGCAGUAUUUCAGUUACAUCACGAUGCAUCAUCUAAAUGUAUGAGGAAGGUCCUGUUUUAAAGAGUUGACAUUUUCAACUUUGGUAAAAUGGAACUGGCACUGACUGACCAAGAUUCAUUAUUGUGUCAUAUCUAGGAUCGAAACCUACAACCAUCGGUUAGACUGGCUAAGGGAUGCAACACUGCACAGUUUGUCCACUGAGAAUGACCACGUUAUUGAUAAGCAGUAAUUAGGAUAUUGCUUCAAUACUGCUGAGAUCCUCACUCAUACACACACCUGCUUCAGUGCUUGACAAUAUGUUCAAAUGACUGCAUAUAGAACAGGGCAACAUGUCAUAUGUUUUGUAAUGACCAUAUAAGCCCUCUUAUCUUGAAAAUUCCAGGAUAUGUACACUAUUGCAGUCAUGUAAAUACUACAUGUAGCAUUGGAUUCUUUUAUGCUUGUUGCUAUCAUUAUGAUGAAACAAAAGUAGAUUUCCAAUAUUUUGAAUUUUUUUAAUUGAAUGGUUAACAUCGUCUAUAAUAAAACAAGUAACUGCA